UGGGGAGGAGAAACCGCUCCAACAGGAAAGCGGGCUGCGGGCGGGAGAGUCCCCUCGCGGGCGUCCGCGUGCGGCCUUGGGGUGGGACGCAGCUACCUUUGGCUACCUCUGCCCCGCCCCAGGCCCUGCCGACGGCCAGGCACACACGGGUCCCCAACUUCUGUCUCCUCCUAGACCUAGUCCCUCGUAGCGCUACUGGCUGUGUCGACCUCGACCCGCGGCGAGGACACUAGGAGCUCUCGAAGCCCGAGCCCAGACCCCACACCCACGAACCCUGGAGGGAGCUUUCCCCCCGCCCCCUCGCGAGCCGCCCCCUCCAGCCCCCGCCCCGCGCCGCGCCCGCCGGCGGCCGUCUCCAUGGCGCGGGGCGCACGCGGGAAGCCGGCCGGAGAGGGACGCGGGAACCCAGCGCCCGGGGCAAGUUACAAUUUUCAGAAUCCAUAUGGAAUCUAACCCUGUAAGACAAUGCCAAGAGAGAAAGAAGGAAAACAAAAAACUAAAGAAACACCCCUGCCCGUCGUUCCAAUUCUUCAAAACUUCCUGAAGACCUAUCAGAAGCAUUGUGCACAGACUCAGACAUCUGUGUGUCCAGCCAUCAAACAGGACUUGAAAACCAGCAUCAACAACGAACAGAUUCUCAGGAAAUUUAUACUUGUAAGACCUGAUGACUCCCCACCAAGCAUCCUGCCAAUUUCCUUGGAACCUUUGCUCAUGACAAUUCGAGAUGAGUGUUACCUGCUAGGGAAAGAGAUCUGUAUCUGGGGCCUUCAGCUGAGUAACCCAGAGAUUGCCAGACUGGCUUCACUUCUGGAAUUGAAGGGGCGCGCCACCUGCCCAUUUACCACCCUGGAACUCAUUGACUGCAGGAUGGAUCUGUGGUCUCUGCAGAGACUGGGCAGGGCUCUGCCAUGCAGCUAUUUGCAUUCUCUUGUCCUGGAUUACUGCAGAUUUGGAAAUGAAGAAAUUGAGAGUAUUUUCUCAGGCCUGGAGAACAACCAAAGGCUUCAAGUCCUCAGUCUGCGUUACUGUGGUCUGGGGCCACAAAGCGGUCAGCAGCUGGGCUCCAUCAUAUGCCAGAGCUCCAUUUGUGAGCUGCACCUUGAUGGCAAUUACUUACAGUGUUCUGGAGCCCUGGCUCUCCUCAGACCCAUAGCAGAGUAUGCAGAGAUGCAGGGGAAAGACCAGCCAGACACCAGGAACUCCCCUCAGCAGCUGCAGGCCAAACAGAGGGCGAGUUCAACUUCGAACCGGAUUACAAAGCCAUCUGGUGCUGAAACAGGGAAAACUGCUUCAGGGAAGGAGAGGAGAAAAAAAGGAAUCGAAAAAAUUAAAGAUUCGGCUGGUCCUUGGUUAGUGAAAUUGUAUUUGGCAGAUAAUGGCAUAGAUGGAAAAGGAAAAGAAGGAGAAAAUGGCUUGUUGGAAUUCACUCAAAUUUUAACAUGCCUGAUCAAAUACUCUGCUCACUUAAGGGAAAUUGACCUUGGAAACAAUGUCCUGGGAGAAAUGGCUGCUACUGACAUACUUGAAGCAUUAAGAGCCAGAAAGACAGGAAGCUCCCAGAGAACACAUUUGAGCAAAAUGAGAAUAAACCACAAAGAUGAAGAAUCCAGAAUCCAGAAAUCAGGAGAACCAAUAUAGAAAAGUAGAAAAGAGAGUCCCAGGGGCACCUGACUGGUCCAAUUGGUUAAGUGACUCUUGAUUUUGGCUCAGGUCAUGAUCUCACCGUUUGGUGCGUGAGAUUGAGCCCUCAUCGGUCUCCACGCUAAUGGUGUAGAGCCUGCUUGGGAUUCAUUCUCUCUCUCUCUCUCUCUCUUUCUCUCUCUCUUUUUCCUCUCCCCUACCUCCCUUUCUAUCUCUGUGCCCCUCCCCUGAGCUCUCUCUCAAGAUAAAUAAACUUAAAAGAAAAAAAAAAGAAAAAGAAAACAGAAUCCCAGAUGAUGGUUGAAGAUCAGAACUAGUCCAAAUGGACAGAAAAAUAGAAGACUUUGGAAAGGAGGAAUACUGUGGUAAAAACUGAAUCGAACUUUGGAAAUACUUAAGUAUUUUGCAAGAAAUACUAAUGGGUGUAUGAAAAAUAAAAGAAAUCGGGGGAAAUAUUUAGAAUUGGUACACAGGAAACUGUGCAAAUGAAAAAUUAACACUAUUAACUCAGAAGAAAGUUAUAUAAUUGGGGCACCUGACUGGCUCAGUCAGUAGAUCAUGUGAUUCUUGAUCUCAGACUGUUCAAACUCCACAUUGGGUGUAAAGAUUACCUAAAAAUAAAAUCUUAAAAGUUUUAUGAGUAAGAAAAAUACUGUGAACAAAAUAUAUAUGACCAUACCAGUCAAUACAACAAGUGUUGAUUUAACUAAAAAUUUUGAAAUAGAACUGUUGAGAGGUUUGGUGAGAAGACAGGAUAACAGUCAAUACGUAAAAUGUUUAAUGGAAAUAUCAUAUAAAAAGCACUUUCUUUGGAGUAAGGCAGUAAAUCUCACGAAAAACAGCUGAAUGAAUGAGUAUCAAGGAGGGCACUUGUGAUGAACACUGGGUUGUUAUGUGUAAGUGAUAAAUCACCAGAUUCUGCUCUUGAAAUCAAUAUUACUCUAUAUGUUAACUAACUAGAAUUUAAAUAAAAACGUGAAACCAAAAAAAAAAAAAUACAAAAGAAAAAAACAA